CUCUGCUCGUCGUUGCCUCCCACCAACUCGUCCUCUUCCUUUUUUUGCCCCCCUUCAAUUUCUACAGUACUCGUGUCCUCAUUAUUGCGAUUCUUCUGCCACUUUACUCGCUUUUUCUGGUACAAUUCCAAACUCCAACCGUCAGACCUCAAUUAUCAAGUAAGUCCUCGAUAUGCCUGCUCCAAUAACUUCAUCCUCGCCUCCUCAGACAGUCGACAAGCCUGUCACGUCAAAACGGAUGGCACGCAUUGCCCAACUUGGCAAGAGGACUCGGAUGAUUAGGCGCAGAGGAAGAGCAAAGGGUGCCAUUGGUAGCGACGAUGAGAUUGAGAGGGAGGCAAGGACUGACUCAGAGUCCGAAGAUGAUAUUUCUUCGUGGGCUUCCUCAGAUACUGAAAGCGAACCAGACGAUAACAUCACCAAUGGAUCGCAUCACCCUCUUACCCCUAGCACAAGUGACAGUCCUCCAGAGGCAACGGCGUCUACCUCCAAAGCGGCCAUCGCAGAAUCGUUUUUCGCCAGUUCAGGCAACUGGUCUGAAAUGGUUGCUGACGAGACCGCUAAUGGCCCCCCGGAUUUGCCAGUCAUCGAAUUCUCUCAACUCGACAAUCACGUUAUCCCAGUUCCUUCGCGGACAUCGAAGAAGACUACCAAGAGAAAAGAUUUGUCUCGUAAUGAAGAGGAGAAAGAUGAGGCAUCUGUUACACCCGUUCACUCUCGCGCCACUCCGGUACGGGCAUUCCAUCGACGUCCUACCGGACAGUCGGCUCGCCAGGCAUAUCAACAACGUUUGGAGACUGAUCCCUCAUAUGUACCCACGGUCGGAGAAUUCUGGGGCCACGAUGAUAGGCUACUCGACAAGGAUCUCAGAAGCUUGAGUGGUUGGUGGAGAGGGCGCUGGCAAGGAAGAGGUCGGGGGGGAGGGUUUGUGCGAGGGAAGCCAAGAUACGCUGACCGAAGCCUUCCCAAGGCACAAGUCGAGGAAUAUGAGGCUGGUCAGGAAAGUGGCGAAGUGCCACCUGUGGAGCGGGCUUGGACGCAUGAUGGUUUUGAGGAGAUGAAACGAAAUGAUGAGCGACAACAUGCACAGAAUCAACCGCAAACUCAGCUUCAGUCUCCUAGAGGUGGUGCUCCACGAGGCCGCGGCGGAGUUACUCUCCGUGGACGAAGCAGAGGUGGUUUCCAUCCCUUCAGGACACAGUCGCUUUCUGGUGGUCCACGCACCUGGUUUGCCAUGAAACCAGAGCGCAUGUGGACGAAGCAGUCAGAUAUGUUCCUGUAUCUAGACCCAUCCUCGAAGCCACGCCCCGGUCAUACUGGGAUCGUUCGUGUCAAACUACCGGGGAAAAACAGUCGAUCGACAAAACAUCCUAUCAAGGAGCCGACGACAAUGACCAGUCCCAAACCCGCGGUCACAUCCACGACGAGCAUUAACGGAUCGGAUUAUGGAGGAACAAAAGUAAUAACAGUUUGUCUUCCAAAACCCUUACCCAGGCCGCCUGGGAAAGAUACCGCGUCCAUCACAACCAAAGCUCCGGAACCUUCAAUUGAAGAGGUCUUCACCGUCCGACCUCGACUCGUUUCACCCAAACUCAUCCCCCUCCCUGAACCACCCUCUGAUCGGAAGAUAUCAACAACCUCGUCACCUCCGGCAAAUGAGCCGCGCGCCCUGGCCUCUGUACCACCUCCUCAGACCUUACUUGAUCCUGUCGCCCAACAAAAACUUGAGCAGUUGUCAAUCGAACCCCAAGAAUUCGACCCUCAUCGCCGGUAUCAGACGGAAGAAGCUGUUCUCCGCAGUCCUCCCACCAGUGAUGCCAAUGGCGAGACUGACGCACGCCCAUCAUUGCCUCCGAUUCAGACUACCUUCACUCCCUCUAUACCUCAUGGAUCUCCCGCGUUUGGGUCACCAUAUGGAUUCCCUCACCCACUACCUCUUGGUGUUGCGGUCGAUGCAGCCGGCAUGACGUAUGAGCUCGCAACUGGCCGACCUGUUUAUCUCCCGGCACCAACCAUGUACACUCCUCGUCCCAUUCCACAGCCCUUCAUUCCUGGUCAUGUUCAUCAUCGUUCGGCGGCUUCCUCUUCGGAUUUCAUUGCCCACCCUUCUCCACCCCAACAACAACAUAGUUUCAUUGACCAUUUCACUGGUCAACCUUUCUUCUCCUUCCCUCGCCAGUCGUCACGAGUAGAGAUUCGAGCUCCAGAUGGUAGCAAAGCCAGCGGAAAGCCGUGGUUCAGGACAGGUACCAGUACUUUUGAAACUUCUCAUACACCGGAAUACUUCGCUCCACCAGAAUACAACGGAAACGCAUCCAAUGAGGAGCCCGCACAACCCUCCAACGACCCUUCGAUGGCCUAUAAUCCUUAUCAAUCUUAUUAUCCGGAAGGAUAUGGGUACACACCAUAUAUGGAUAUAUCACAAAUGGGGCAAUAUGGGAUCUACCCGCCAGACCAUAUUUCUCAAGGGACUGUCUUUUAUUGAUUCUUUUCUUCGAUAAGUUCGUCAUCUUCCGGUUUUUUUGUGGUCUGUCUUGCAUUUUUCACCAUGCACCCUCUCAUCCACUCAUACACAAGUCAUUGUUACUAUUACAACAUCCUCAUGCUUAACAAUACAGCUACUUACACUCUUCAUGUUAUACCUCUUCAAACUUACCUCUCAGACUUUAUUCUUCUCAGUUAUAUGCUGUCGUCGUCGAUUUUGCUUUUCUUAUCCGUAUACAAUCUACUUCGAUAAUUGAUAAUGACAUUCAUGUAGCGUCCUACCACGCUUUGUUAUGACAGGCUCAACAUUUUUUGCAGGUCUCA